UGAGUCGCUCGUGCGAACGGCGGCAAGCGCGGCGCGCUUUCACUCGGUACGCUAUUAAUUACGUACCUACACAAUUGUUCAGUCAGUGUUAUAUUUACUCAACUGUUUCGACUGAAAAGAUAAAGAAAUAACUAAAGUGCCGAGCCGCACGACGCCCGUAUCUUAUCGCAUCCACUCUAUUGAUCACUCGCCACAUAUUGCGAACGGACGCCUUGUACCGACGCGACGGCCGGAUCACCUUUAUUGUCCAAUUUACCGUGAACUCGUGUUCUGUGUUAUAGACGCAAACUAACCGGUGAAGUCAUAAUGUGUAUCGUGCAAAAAUAGAAAUACAGUGUUAACAGGAAAAUUAAAGAUUAUUGUGUUUUGUGGUUUUAAUCAAAUAAUAAUGGCAGCUAAAUCGCCAACAGUGAGCUUGAAAUUCCGUGAAGUGAUCGGUGUAGAGCAGUUCAGUCAGCGGCGCGAAGUGUUCGACAAACCAGACGUGGAUUACGUACCACUGCCGUCGCCCACGACGCCUUUGCCGUCCUACAGAGAGGUGGAGCCAAUAAUCACAUCCAACCACGGUAAAACAACGACGAAUUUUAAGCGAAACGGACCGGGCUACUCCAGUAUGCGAGAAUCAAAAACUGACGAACGGACCUACGAUUUCCGACCUCGCAAAUACUCAGAUAAUUUUACUUCAGAACUAAACCAAAGCGAUGAUGUGGACUACCGGCACUCGAUGACGGAAAGAACAAGACGCCUGUCAAAAAUGCGGAAGGAUUUUAUGUCGUCUAAUUUACAUGAGCCAAGCACAAGUCCUUUGUACAGAGGUGGAGCACGGGCAUCGAUGCCGACUAACAGUACGUCGCCAAUAAAAUACAAAAUAGAGAGUCCCAAUUUGUAUAAAUUUCCGUUUGCCGAACCUUAUUUGACACCAACACCGGUAAGAAAAGUGAGAGUGGAUUUGGAUUCCAGUGAAACGAAUGGAGAACAAAAUGACACCCCUGAUACUACUGAAAACACCUGUACUAACAAUCAUUCCCCCAGUAAGGUAGACCAUCAAAAGAUUUUUGAAGAUUUAGUGAAAAGAUAUUCACCCCAACGUAAGCCUAUUGACUGGACCAUUCCACCAACUAGACCCAGAGUAAUUGGGUCAGUCCCUAAAUCCACAUCCAGUGGCGCAGAAAGUGUUGACAGUGUCGAAAAAACGAAUGUCAACGAUAAAAGUGAGAAGUCUGGAGAAGAUGAUGUGUUUGAUAAAAGCGAAAACAAUGUAGAGAUUGUGGAGAUAGUUACGGUAACGAAUGGAACCAUUGAAAACAAAAUAGAACCUAAUGCUGUUGAAAAUGGACCACAAACCUUAACAAAUGUUGCAAAUGACGAUGACAGUAAAAUAUCUGAAAGCGAAUUAGAAGAGAAAAACGAUCGUGUCCCUGAGCUUUCGUCAUUACAGCGCCAAACUAGCCACGACAGGAAGCCACUGGAAGUAAUCGAUUUAACCAUUCCAAAACUCAUUGAGAAAAUGACAGCAGAAGGUGAAGAUUUGGAGAAUCACAAGAAGGCUCCCAAUAAAUUAAAAAGGAAGAGAAGUUUCUUAGAUAAGUUACUCGGUCGUAAUAAAAAUAAGUGAGAAUGUUGAAACUGCAACUGCAUCGUUGCAAAUUCACCAAAGAUAAUAUCAAGGUUGUUAAGAAACAUGACGUCAGUGUUCGUAAUCAUUAGAUAAAUAGAUAGAGCACCGAGUAUGUACCAAUAAUGUUGAUUUAAAUUAAUAGGGGUAUUUUAAUAGAUUAUCUGUAAAAUAAUUAAGGCCAGUCUUCCUCUGUUUUUAUCUUAAUGUACUGGUUGGGUUAUCGCUAGCGAUAAAAACAAAGUGCCAUGUGACGAGAAAUAUCUGCCAAAUUCUACUAAAAUUUACUCGGUAACAACGUAAUCAUGAUUAUUAUCAAUAAAGCUGGUUAAAUUCGGGCCUUGAAUCUGAUAGGCAACGGCUUGGCAUUAAUGACGUCCAUGAGCGACGAUAACCGCUUACCAUCAGGUGGGCCGUAUGCUCGUAUGCCUAAAAGGGCAAUAAAAGAAAUCUACUUUCUUCUACAACUCUUCAUUCGUGUUUUUUUUUCAAACAACUAAAUUGUCAUGACCCAAACAGUAACUAUAGACAUGGCUACUUUCGAUAUUAGCUGUAUAGUAUUCCUAAGACAUUUUGUAUGACUUAAGUAGAGAUUCUUUGUAAUUAUGUCAUCCUUUUUAUAAGUUUAAGUUAUUACAUGACGUUUUAGGUAUUUCUUUUUAAAUAUAUCUACAUAUAUUAUUUAGCUUAUUUAUUGAGACGUCACCUAUAUAUUUUAAAACAUUAUUUUUCUCUUUAAAUUAUUACGUUAAAAUUGAAAUGUUUGCAUUAUUUUCCUGUAAUUUGUUAUGGUUAUAUAUAUACUAUAUAUUUACCUUAUAUUCUUUUUCUGUUUGAAAUAAAUUGUGCAUGACUAACUAACAAUCAACAUCCGUUUAAAAUGAUGUUUUCAAAAACAUACUUAGUUCAGAAAUAAAAUACGCUCUAAAUAAUUUAUUUUAUUUCAAAUACAUUAUAUAAAAAAUAAACUUACACAACCACGGCACAAAGUAGGUAACAUUUUAUCUACAGAUAAAUAAAAUUAACAACGUUUUGUAUCACAGAAAUUUUCCUACAUCAUUGCAGAUAAUGAAAUUCAAUUUGGUCAUAUACUUAAUUUAGGUAACUUCGUUUUAUUGACACAUUGUUCACAUCUCUCUCUGUGGAUAGAUUGUUAAGACUUGAAUAUACCUAAGGCAGAGUUAAGCGAACGAGUUUGCAAACCAUCGAUUACUUUUUCUUUUUUUUUUUGCUGUAAUUAAAUAGGCUGCCGAGCUCACGAUUCUCCUGGUAUUGCGCAGUUACCAGAACCUAUUGACAUUAUGUAAUAACCCCUACACAACGUUCAAACAUGGAACAGCGAAUUUAAUGGUGCUUGUAUUUAUUUACCUUAGAAACGUAAAUGUACUUUAGCCUAGGACUUGAGUAUAGGGUCCAAAAGAUCCAAUUCACUCUGCAUUGCGUUUUAACUUUAAGUAGUUACUAAAAUUAUAAGUGUUUUUAUACCUAACUUAACAAAUAAAUAUUGUUUUCCGCUUAACAUA